AAAGUCUUGAAGACAGAGAAGCUGUGAACAUCACAUGUCAAAGUCGACCUGAAGCCGGGAGUUCUUUUCCUUCCGUUUAGUACAAAUUCAGUUUUUCUGCCGUUUUCUGCUAUCUUGAACGCUUCAAGUUUGUGUACAGUAAGCGUAUCGAGCCUAAAGAUCUGCUAUACCUUCUUUGCACGAAACAAACCAAUGUUUUGACCCUUAUUUUUCUUGCGAAACGCGAAACUUUCGACAAAGAGUGUUUCGAACCGUCCCACAAUGCACCAAGAGUAGCCGGAAGUAGAUCUCGGCAGUGCCGGUUGUUUUUUGCACGAAUCGGUCAAAAAUCGUCCCAGAAAAAUGCUACCUCUGUCAUUGCUGAAAACUGCUCAGAACCACCCUAUGCUGGUGGAGCUGAAGAACGGAGAGACGUACAACGGCCAUCUGGAGGCCUGCGACAACUGGAUGAACAUCAAACUCAGGGACGUCAUCUGCACAUCACGGGAUGGUGACCGUUUCUGGCGCAUGCCUGAGUGUUACAUCCGUGGCAGCACCAUCAAGUACUUGCGUAUUCCUGAUGAGGUCAUCGACAUGGUGAAGGAGGACAUCGUCAGCAAACAGCGCACCAAACAGCAGGGCAGCCGAGGCAGGGGACGUGGGGGGCCUGUACACAGAGGAGGUUUUGGAAGCAGAGGUCGUGGUGGUCCAGACAAGAGAGGAGGAAGAGGCGGACCUAGAUAGAUGGUGUCAUCUUCAUCUUCCUGUUCUUCUACU